UUCAAAACAAAAACAGGAAGUAGCAUGCUGUCAAGAAAAAUGUCAACAAAUACAAAUCCGGUUCAAUAACUUGGUCGUCUAAUUACAUUCUUACUGACAAAUGUCAUGAUGAGCUCUUACAGCAAGAUUGUGAGUGUAUUGAAUCUUGGAAGAAUGGGAUUCCUUGAUGCUUAUAAAGUACAGACUAAAUUUGCACGACAGCAUUUAGACAAUAUGGCAGGAGUACACGGUGCAAAAGGAGAAAAUGUGGUAUUACUUGUAGAGCAUAACCCAGUUUAUACCAUUGGAAUUAGAUCCAAAGACUAUUCUGAAGAAUAUGAACAAAAACUUAAAAAGCUAGGUGCUGAAUUCUGCAGAACAGAUAGAGGCGGUUUAAUUACCUAUCAUGGACCAGGACAACUUGUUGCUUAUCCAAUUUUAAAUCUAAAAUAUUUUACUCCAAAUAUGAAGUGGUAUAUUUGUUCCAUGGAAAAGACAAUGAUUGGAACUUGCAAACAUUAUGGUCUGAAUGCCCAUUCAACAGAAGAUACAGGAGUAUGGAUUGGAGAUAGGAAAAUUGGAGCUAUUGGUGUACAUGGUCGCAGAUAUGUAACAACUCAUGGUGUUUCAUUGAACUGUAAUACUGAUUUGACCUGGUUUAAACAUAUAGUCCCUUGUGGAUUAGAAGGAAAAGAUGUAACAUCUCUUAGUAAAGAAAAGGACUGUGAUAUUAAUAUAAACGAUGCUGUAAAAGCAUUUUUAGAAAGUUUUCAAAGACAAUUUAAUUGUCAAUUAAAGAAUAUAGAUAAAGAAACAGAGGAAUAUAAACACAAAAUUAGUAUAUAACUAUGAAAAAGGAUUAGCUUCACAACAAAAUGUACUUUUUUUAAAUC